UUUUCAUUUGAUGCCAAAGUGCCAUACUCAGCCACCAAGGUGGAUUUAUAAAUCCAAUUAUAAAUCCAUCGCGUGUCAACUAUCAACGUCCAAUUUCCAAACAUUCAUAAGUCAAGUGGGUCACUUUAAAUAUUACGUACGUUAAUAAAUAAUUUAUUUUAUUAUUAGUUUUAUUUUUUGAAUUAACUACUGUCUUCUAGAGAGCCUAGAUAAUACCAUUGGUAAUGCCAACUCAAUAGUAUCUGUGGGAACUAUUUUGCUAUAGUUAUUUAAAUUUCAAAUGUCUUGCUUUAAUUAAAACCGGUCUACCAAGAAUAAAUUUAUUCAAAUUCAAUAUAAAUUAAAUGUAUGCCAUGUGACUAUUGUCAAUGUAUUUGUGCUAUGUGUAAGUAGUUGCUAUAUGUAGUAUGUAUCAAAUUACAAUUAGUUUAUUUAUAAAGCUACUAGUAUGAUAGUUCCAAAUUUUAUUGACAUUACUUAUAUUAUUGAUUUUUAUUACUGCUGUAUACCAUGCCAAAAUAAAUUUGUCCUUACAUUGAUUAUAGUGCUCAUUACACCAAUGUAUGUAUCAUCUUAUCUGUAAUGUCCAGUUAUUUUCCAAAUUAUUUUUACUAUUGAUUAUUAUGACUACAGUACCUAGUUCAGAAGAAAUAUAUUUAUUUAGCAUAUAAAACCACAUUAUUUGAUUUAACUUGUUUAUUUUCUAUUUACAGACAAAUAUUUCUAUCAUAUGAGACAAUUGUUUAAGUUUAUUUAAUUUUUUAAUUUUUAAUGGACAAUGCCCAAACAUAAGGAAUGUACAUUGUUACAUAUAAUAAUAAUAUACAUAAUUUCACAAAAUAAAAUACAAUCAAGGUUAAAUAAUAGGGUUUUCAUUAAUAUGGUUCAUUGUGUUGUGGAUUGAAUAAAUUAUAUAUAUAUGAUAUGUGAUUUGGGAUGAGGAACAAAAAACAACUCUUAGAACCUAAUUAGAGCCAUUAACUUGCUUGAUUAAAAAUACUUUAUUGGCAGAAACUAUUGACAAUGUGUCUAAUUUUAAGUAUUUAAGAAGAAUAAAGCAUUCCUUCUGAGGAUUUUCAUUAUUAAAAUAUAGUCUGCAAAAGAAAGGAAACGUCAUAACCUAAGUAAAAAUCAUUGGAUAUAUUUUAUGGAUGCCAAAGAAUAGAAGAGUAUUCAAAGAUCAAAUAUAUUUAAGAGCUACAUUAAGUGGCUUUUAGAAUUAUAAAUUAAUCCUUCAUUGGUUGAUAGGUCCAUGAUUAUUUUAUAUUUUUUAAUAACUAUUUUAAUAUUAAAUAAAAACAUAUAUGUUUCAGAUAAAUCAAUACUAUGAAACCUAAAGAUCUGUGUGAUAUUGAUGACUUGGCUACAUCUUUGGUUGUGGAUGUAUUCCUUGGAUUUGAAACCCACAAAAUGGAUAUAAAUUAUAAAAAAUGUUAUGACCGUAAAAUGUUACAAUCUAUUAUUGAUAAUUUUCAAAAAAAUCCUAAUAUGCAAAUAGCUUUUGAUUCUUUCUGGAACAAAAAUUAUAUUAAACCUAAACGUUUGUAUAAAGAAUUUUAUAAAAAAUUAGUCAAAGACCAUAUUGAAAGGUAUAUGGGAAUGUUUUACACAGAUUCUGGUUUUACUAUUGAACCAUGCCAUAGGUAUUCAUUAGAAAAUAAUAUAGGAGCCAAAGUUAUUGCCAUUAAUUAUUGGUGUAAAGAUGAAAUUAUUAAGAGAUUAGUUGGUUGCGUUGCUGAGUUGACUGAAAAAGAAGAAGGUGAAAUCUUGCAUAUUGGAAAGAAUGAUUUUUCAGUGAUGUAUAGUUGUCGCAAAAAGUGUGCUCAACUUUGGCUUGGUCCAGCAGCAUACAUUAAUCAUGAUUGCCAAGCUAAUUGUAAAUUCGUUGCAAAUGAUAAAGGGACUGCUUGUGUAAAAGUGCUCAGAAAUAUUGCACCUGGUGAGGAAAUUACAUGUUUUUAUGGUAGAAAUUUUUUUGGAGAAAAUAAUAGUAACUGUGAAUGUUGUUCGUGUGAAAAAUUGUGUAAUGGGGCUUUUAAAACUAAUGAAGAACAACCAAGUUUGGGUAGAUAUAACUUUAGACAAACUAGUAAUCGAAUUAACGCGUAUCGGUCACCAGUUAGAAACAAAAAAGUAAAGAAACCAAAGUCACCAAAAAAGAUUAAGGACACAGUUUUGGAACCUGUAACUCCAAAUAAAAAUCCUGAAGCUGACAGGGGUGAGGCAUUACUUGGUUCCCCAUACACAAAAAUACUUCUUAAGACUAAAGGUUUAGAUUUAGAUAAAUCACCGGAGAAGUAAUACUCCUUAAGUAAUACUUAUUCACUGCCAAAUUAAUAUUUUCCGUUGCAGUAUUCCUAAUAUGUAUAUUUGCCUAUCUAUCAAGACUUGAUUUUAUAUUAAUCUAAAAGUUAGUAAUUAGUCAUUAUUUUUUAUUGUAAAAUUGUGUCUUUGUGUAAAGAUAAUUGUAAAUAGACAAAAUUAGUUAGAGUAUAAGGAAGAUUUUUUUUUUUUAUUCCACUAAUUUUACUUGUAUUUCUUUUAAAAAAAAAAAAGCACUAAAUGUUUCCAAAUGAAAUUAUAUAGUUGUAUUAAAAAAAAAAAGAAUAUAUGUUCAUGACACAUAAUUGAAAAACCUAUAAUCUUUAACAUUAUAAUUAUAUUAUAAAUACACUACUAAAAAUUGAUUGAUUAAUAUUUGUUUUUCUUUUUAUCAUAUUUUCCCUGAAAUUAUUGCACUGUAUUGUGUUUGUGUUAUGUAAUAUUCUUAAAGCAAAAUUGAAC